AUGGUUUUGUCUCAAACUUUUCGUCUGCACUAUUGUAGGACUAUACUAGGAGGAUUGGCUGGUGGUAUGUACCUUGCUUAUACUAUGCUUUAUGACAUAUCUUGCAACUCCCUUGGAUGUGAUCAAAACAAGAUUGCAAAUACUGGGGUCAAAGGUGCAAUGGCUGCUUGGAUGCAGUUUGUAGCAUAUAAAUGGUUGAAGAAGCACAGGGGAUGUUUAGAGGUAGCAGUCUCAGGAUCACCCAAUGUUACAAGCAAUGAAGGAUUAGGCAACGUUGCAAGCAAGAAGUUGCUAGCAUGUAGUAGAGGAAUAGGGAUCACAUUUACAAAGGAGCGGUGUGAGAAACUUGCACUGAAUACUUUUAUUUUCCCAUCUCAUCGUAGUUUGAUUAAGAAAUUGGGUCUUUUUCAAGUAUCCAAGUAA